CCCAGGACCCUGCAUUCACUAUAUAUGGUCUCCCAGGACCCUGCCUUCACUAUAUCUGCUCUCCCAAGACCCUGCAUUCACUAUACCUGUUCUUCCCGGACCCUGUAUUCACUAUAUCCGCUCUCGCUGGACCCUGCAUUCACUAUAUCUGGUCUCCCCGGACCCCGCAUUCACGAUAUCUGGUCUCCCUGGACCCUGCAUUCACUAUAUCUGGUCUCCCCGGACCCUGCAUUCACUAUAUCUGGUCUCCCAGGACCCUGCAUUCACUAUAUCUGGUGACCCUGCAUUCCCUAUAUCUGGUCUCCCCGGACCGUGCAUUCACUAUAUCUGGUCUCCCCGGACCCUGCAUUCACUAUACCUGGUCUCCCACAGUACACACAACAUGAAGUAUAA